UGAACCCCUCGUCGCAGUUCUGCUGGAGAAAUAGGCGCGAGAGCAGUGUGGCAGGGUAGGAGAUGUCUGCGGAGGGACGGGAUGCGUCACUGGAUUAGUGCCUGAGAAUCCGUCCCAGCCUCUUCCUCCUCCUGAGCCUGCUGAGACGCCUCCAGAAGGGCACGACACUCAGCGCUCGCUUUCUUCCCCCCCUUACACCAAGCCUUCCACAUGAGCCAGCCAAGCCUUACCUCCCCACCAGGAUGAAGAAAGAAAAGAAAACGCAUGCUUUACUGUUUCUCCUCCUGCUUCACUUCACCUUGGCAAGGCAAUCAGACUACGCCCCCUACUUCUAUGACAAUGGUCCCAGCAGUACGAGUGGGAAUAUGGCCUUGUUCAGCAUCUCUGAGGAUACACCUGUCGGAACCCAGAUAUACAUCCUGAACGGCACGGACCCAGAGGGGGAUCCGGUGCGAUAUGGUCUGACUUUUGAAAAGGGCUCUCAAGAAUAUUUCAGGGUGGAACCCAAAUCAGGAAAUGUGACUUUGAUUAAGGAGCUUGACAGAGAGAAACAAGAUGAAAUCUCAGCACUUGUGAGCAUAACAGAUGGUCGUAAUAAGGUCAUUGAGACCGUGAGAGUUUUUGUCACGGACGCCAAUGAUGAACCCCCUGAAUUUCAAAAUCUGCCUUUCAUCAUUGAUAUUCCAGAGAACACCGUUCCAGGAAGUAGCAUCUACAGAGUUCAAGCAGUGGAUAAAGAUUUGGGCUCAGGAGGCAGUGUUUCCUAUUAUCUGCCGAGCUCCCCGUUUGCCAAGUUCACCAUCGACGGACACAGCGGGAUCCUCAGAGUUAAACCAGGCGAGACUUUGGACUAUGAGACCACUCCAACACAUUUCUUGACAGUAGUUGCAAAGGAUGGAGGUGGGAAGUACAAGGGUAAACAUCAAGUCUUGACCUCCACAGCCACCAUAACAGUCAACGUCAUGGACUCCCAAGACAUGCCUCCAUCCUUUGUAGGAACACCCUAUUUUGGCUACGUCUACGAAGUCUCGGUUCCCGGUUCUGAGAUAUUCACAGUCUAUGCCAAAGAUGGCGAUCAAGGCAAUCCUAACCCGAUACAUUAUUCCAUCAUGAACGGUAGCGACGGCGUCUUCGACAUAAAUAGCACCAGUGGAUGCAUCACCCUGACAACAUUUCCCUCUCUUCUGAAAAAUGAGUUGUAUGAAAUAAAAGUCAAGGCAUCUGAGGUGGGACCAAGCAGUCAGCUGCAGGACUACGACGUUACCACGGUGACGGUCCGGGUGGUGGAUCUCAACAACCACCCCCCUACUUUUUAUGGAGAAAACGGGCCACAGAGCAAGUUUGAGGUCACGAUGUACGAGCAUCCACCUGCAGGGGAGAUCCUGAGAGGCUUUAAGAUCACGGUCAAUGACUCCGAUCAGGGAGCCAAUGCUAAAUUCAAACUGAGACUUGUUGGGCCGAGCCGAGUGCUUCGAGUGGUUCCCCAAACGGUCCUGAAUGAGGCCCAGGUGACCAUCAUUGUAGAAGACACAUCUGGCAUCGACUACGAAAAGGGACCAACGCUCUCUUUUAAGCUACUCGCGGUGGAGAUCGACACCCCCGAGCGGUUCAGCGCGACGGCCGACAUCGUGAUCAACCUGCUGGACACCAACGACAACGUCCCCAAAUUCACGGCCGAGUACUACAUCGCCAGGGUCCCCGAGAACUCUCCGGGAGGCUCCAGCGUCGUGUCUGUGACGGCAAAUGAUCCAGAUUCAGGCGCUUGGGGUGAAGUCAAAUACACGAUUUAUGGAUCUGGAUCAGAUUUGUUCACUAUUCACCCGUCGUCCGGCCUCAUCUCCACGCAGCCCUGGACCAGCCUGGACGCAGAGGUCAGGUCCAAAUACAACUUCUACGUCAAGGCUGAGGACUCAGAGGGGAAGUACAGCUUGUCAGAGGUGUUUGUCACCGUCCUUGACAUGAACGACCACUAUCCGGAGUUUGGUGAAGAGCUCCUGGAGAAGACCUUGGUUAUCGGCACACCUGUCAAAGUUGAGGCGGUGGAUGAAGAUGCAGAGUCUCCAAAUAACGUUAUCGAGUACUCCAUCAUGACGGCCGAUCCCGACAAUGCAUUUGACAUCAACGCCAAGACCGGUGAGAUCCAGCUGAAGCCCUACAUCAAGUCUAUGGAGAUCGUGCAGAACAUCACAAAGCAGAAGGACUGCCGGUGGUCCCUGGUGGUCCAGGCCAGGGACAGAGGUUCUCCGUCCUUCAGCACAACGGCCGUGGUCAACAUCGACAUCACGGAGGCGACUCCUCUCAAGGGGCCUAUGGCGGCCUUUUUAAUGAAAAGUAGGGACAACCCUUUGAAAGCUCUAGUCAUGGUCACUGUUAUCAUUAGUCUAUUGGUAGGAGUGACUGUCUUGAUCUCUACGGCUUUGUACAUGCGCAACUCAAAGUCCAACAGGAUCAUGCCGGCGCGUCGCAUCAUCAAGAGGCGACCCAGGGACCAGCAGCACUGGACCUCCAAGAUGCCGACCAUCAAAUUCACCAGCCCCGCAGACAAGUUCCUGAUCAGGAACGGGGAGGGCAGCCCCCAGCGGGGCGGGAGCAGCGGCCCCCGGCAAAAGCCCCCACCUCCCGCCGCUCCUUGUCUGCCACCUCCGCCUCCUUCUUCUAGCGCGCGGCCCAGCGAGAGGCCGCGGGCAGUCCCCACGAUAUCCGGCGCGCUGGCCUCCAGGGGUUCCAAGAAAGCGAAAUCCACCCGCCGCAAAGAGGGAAACAUGAGCUCCGCUUUAGUGUCGGAGCUGAAGAUGAAGCUGGAGCAGAAGAUUAACGAGAACAACCAAGGUUAUUAUUGACGGGUUCAUUCUUUGACAGUGCUCCUCUCACCUGAGCUCCAUGUGAUGAUCUGGUAGGUUGGGCCUACCCGUUAGAUUAUUCAUGAGGGAAGAUUUGCAGAUAUUUAUGUCUUAAGAUGUUAAAGAAAUGGGCUGUGCUGGAUCCUCGGCUGACCUGUGAGCAGAAGAAGGGAUUGCGUCGGCAGGUUUUAGAUAAAUCACCACACUGCCACCUCGAGGAGGAUUACGUCAUCUUAACCAUAAGAAGCACCACUGUAAAUUGCCCAGGGAGAGGAUUAAUAAGACUUAAUGUGUAUACAUAAGUUGCGUAACUUCUUCAAAAGAGUCAUGAGAAGUGGGUUUUCGGCACAGAAAUAGGAUUUUCUUUUUUUUUUCUUUUUUUUACAAAGCGAAUCCUAAAAAUAAAAUCAUGCAGCUGAAUGACACGGUAUGAAGUGCUAAAGGACCUGUGUGUUAAUAUUUUUACUGUGCUACAUCAGCCGCUCGAAAAGCUGAGGCGUCACUCUUUUGUAUGAUUACAAUGUGCCACUGUAGGUUUUCACAGUAACAUGAGCUUGCUUGUACUUAACUUGAGUGAGUAAAGAUAGAAAGUUGCUUUUGUAUAAAUGUACAUGGGUCUGUUUUCAGUGUACAGCGUUACUUCAGUUAUUCAGACAAGAUUCCCAGUUGUAUAUUGCAGCAGUAAAAUAUAAUAAACCAUCUAACUCCACUAGCGGGCAAAAAAUUAGUUGUGUACACUCGAGCCCAGAUCUAUAACCUGCUUGGACGUUUCCGUUAUAGAUAUUUAAAUGUAGAGUCCACGCGUUGUUCCAUGUUUCUCUUCAAUGCCUUCAUAUGUGGGCAAACAAAAUGUCAUGGUUGUAAUAAAUAUCUUGUAUCUGACUAUAUCUUAACUGAUAACUAUUUUAAAUAAGUUGAGGAAAACUGUAUAUCUUAAAUAUAAAUUACACUUGCCUGGUCCUUCAAAGUAACAUAUUUGUACUGUCUUUGUACUGUCUUUGAUUUUGAAUAAAUAUUUGAAAAUA